AUGUUGUAUCAAAUUUAUAUUCCCGUCUUGUUUUCUCUCAUCACAUCAGUAUCGGCUUAUUGGAUACAAUUUUACUCCGAGCCCAGAUGCGGCAGUAAAGAAAUUAUCCAUUCAUGGAGCGGAUCAACAAGACGGGGAUGUCAGACACGAUUUUCCAAGUCGACCAAUUCGGCACUCGUCACCAAUAUCGGAACGUCGGAUGGCAACACAGUUGUGGUUUUUUACACCUCCCAAGACUGUAAUCCUGAAACUGCCAUUGCGCGAGUAGAAAAUGGAUGUGUUGGGAUUGAAAGCGUUAAUCUUGGGAUUAAAUAUCAGUCGUUUAAUGUUAUUCGGACUUUUGAUUCGGCGGGGCUCACACCGAUUUCAAAGAAUGCGUUUGCAUAUCAACAUGGUGGAAUUGCGCUUUACAAGGGUGUGGAGUAUAGGUGGUUGAAGCAGGAUGAUGGGUCAUUUCGAGGCGUUGUCCCUGAGGAAUGGGAUGAUGCUGUUCUUAAGCAGAGAGGUAUUACUGCUUCGGUGGGUUGA